CAGUAUUGGUCCUGGUGGUACCUUCUGUCAUCUAUUCUCUGUCAAAAUUUUUCGUUUUCAUCAUGCCCAUUCCAAAAUUAUUCUCAACAUUCUAAACCCAUUCAAAAUUUAAAAUUCAUAGUCACAAAGAAAUGUUCGUACUGAAAACCUUUAUCAAAAAUACCCUAAUAAACAAUCUCGCACCCAUCAUCAAGACCACCAGUUUUUUAGAGCUUCAACAAAGAUUCGCCCAUUCUAAAAGAAGCAUCUACCCGAAAACCCCGGAUCUGAUUUACGUGCCCCAAGUUCUAAGAUGGAUCAGAAACAAGUGGAAGUUUAGGGCGUUGAAAAAGUGUUGGGAUCCUGAUUUUUCUGAAGGAGCUUUCAUUUAUGGCACAACUCGGGCUGUGUGUAAAAUAACAGACAUCAUUAACCGAGGCCAACCUGAGGAAUUGGAAAACCUACUAACAUUUUCUGCCAAAGUUAAGCUUGUGGAUUACAUGAAGAGGCGAUUAUCAAAAGUCCAAAAGGAAAUUAUAACUUUGAAACCGGAAGACAUUAAAAUCUUGGUGCCUUUGAAUGUAGCCCUGGUUGAAGCUGGAAAUAAGAAAAAUUGCAGGAUUUCUAUGAGAGUGCUUGGAUUAAAAUGGCACGAGCACAAUGGAAAUGUUCUUAAGCUGGUGCUGGUAGCGUUGCAAACCGAAUUCCUAAGGGAUUACACCCAAAGGAACAGCGAAUGGACGAUAAGCGCCUUUGAUAUACUGGAAUGCGGCAUGUUGGCUCAAAUACCUGGUCAAAGAAAACCAAUUUAAAGGAUUAUUGAAAAAUAAAUUCACCUCAAAUUAUAGAAAAUAAAUUCACAUUCUUUCAA